AUGGCCAUGUCUCACAUGUCGCUAGACGAGAGAGCUGACUUCGUCGAGAACAUUAUCCAUUACGACUUUACCAAUCGCGCAAUCCUCUACGAAGCUCUUCGUAGCGCCGGCGCCCUUGUCAUGACUGGCCGACCACAUCGUUGUGACGGCAAUAAGGAUCUGGCGCAAAUUGGCGAUGCGGUCCUGCGGUUGAUUCUGGUGAUGGACGGCUACGAGGCCAAAGCCGGCUACAUCAACCAGAUCGUCUCGUCGAUAGCCAGCAACUCCCAUCUCGCACAGAUGGGCUCCAAAGCUGGACUGGAGAAUCUCAUUCUCAUCAAUCCGUCUCAGACCAUCGUCUCCCCCGGAGUGAUGGCUCAAACCGUCGAGGCUAUCCUUGGCGCUGUCUAUCUCGAUAGCGAGAUGGACGUCCAGGCUGUCCGAGCUGUCAUGGCUCUCCUGAGCCUGGGAUGGCCAUCGUGA